AUGUUCAGCUAUUCGCCAAUCAAACAGAACUCGUACCUAAGUUCCUCGAACCAAUUUGAGUAACCUCUAGAUGACAUGAGUUGCAUAAUCGAAAAUGGCAGCAUGGGGUCCCUCUAUUUGGGUAACAUCGAGUCAGCUUGUAUUUAAUUCUAAUUCACUCUUCUAGCCAGUCUGGAUAACUUGAAGAGACAUAAAAUCAAGGGAGUUCUAUCCAUCUGCAUGAAUAAAAUUCCCUUUGAAGUGUAGACAUCAUUAUAACAUUACUUACACAUUUAUUUAGAAGAUUGUGAGUCUGAAAACAUAGCCAGACAUUUUGAGAACUCCAAUCAAUUCAUUGAUAAAGCCAGACAAUCUGGGAAUGUCCUCGUUCAUUGCAUGGCUGGAAUCUCUAGAUCAGCUACUCUUGUUGCAGCUUAUCUGAUGAAGAAGAACAAUAUGAGUGCUUAAGAUGCCAUAAGACUACUUGAAAGAAAGAGAUGGCAAGUCUAUCCCAACAAUGGGUUCCUGAGACAAUUAUCAUAAUAUGAAAAGGUAUUGUCAUAAUAAAAUGGACGAUCUGACAUCUCCUCUCCUCUCAGAGAUUCAUGGAACAAAUAAUUUCAAACUCCAACCAAGGAGAGCUUAUUUUAUAAUAAAUAUGAUGAAUAACAAUAAUCUAGCCAAAAAACAAGACCAUUGGAUGACAUUUGCUUUGAUAAAUAUAAGAGGAAGUCUGCUGGCUAAGAGGAUCUAUUUAGAAGUCCAGAAAGCAAUGAAAAGAAACCAUUUUCAAUGACUUAACAUAGGCCAAGUUCAGCAAUCAGAACUUCGCCAGAUCUCUUUAAAAAAAAGAAUUUGUUGGCUGAUACGAUAGGUGGGAAUAAGAAAGAUGGUCUGGCUGCAUUGGCUUUGGAAUUGAAUUAGAUUGAUUGGCAAAGUAAAAAACUAGAUUUAGAAAGCAAAUAUCCAAAACCAGCGAGUUAAUAAAAUAAUGUCAAAUCAUUCUUGACUCCCACUCGUCCUUUAUAAUUAAAUCAACAUCAAAGUAAAUUGGAUGAAUUGCUUAAUUCUUUCAACAGAAAAUCCAUACUAUGA